GGCGCGCCGGGAGCCAUGCGGGAGUACAAGGUGGUGGUGCUGGGCUCGGGCGGCGUGGGCAAGUCCGCCCUCACCGUCCAGUUCGUGACGGGCUCCUUCAUCGAGAAGUAUGACCCCACCAUCGAGGACUUCUACCGCAAGGAGAUCGAGGUGGACUCCUCGCCGUCGGUGCUGGAGAUCCUCGACACGGCGGGCACCGAGCAGUUCGCCUCCAUGCGGGACCUCUACAUCAAGAACGGGCAGGGCUUCAUCCUGGUCUACAGCCUGGUGAACCAGCAGAGCUUCCAGGACAUCAAGCCCAUGCGGGACCAGAUCAUCCGGGUGAAGAGGUACGAGAGGGUGCCCAUGAUCCUGGUGGGCAACAAGGUGGACCUGGAGGGCGAGCGGGAGGUCUCCUUCGGGGAGGGCAAAGCCCUGGCCGAGGAGUGGAGCUGCCCCUUCAUGGAGACCUCGGCCAAAAACAAAGCCUCGGUGGACGAGCUCUUCGCCGAGAUCGUCAGGCAGAUGAACUACGCCUCGCAGCCCAACGGGGACGAGCAGUGCUGCUCCUCCUGCGCCAUCCUCUGA